ACCAAAAAUCGUGGCACUCAAUUUUGCUCACACCUUGCAGUGUUAUUUGUUCUUUAAUAAUAAAUAAAUAUUCUAAAACUCAACUUUCUCAUUUGUCUCGGUUAAAAGAAAACAACAAAAUACAAGGGGUUACCGUUAUUCUCACACAUCACAGCCAUUGGUUGUGAUGAUCACAGCCAAUGUUGUUGUGACAAGUUGAUCAAAACAAGUUCCCGUUAUCUCACGCUAGAACACGUGGUUGGGGCUUGCUAUAAAAGGGAGAUCAACGAGUGAGAAGGGACAGUCAGUGCCGGACAACGACAGAAGACACAUCCAUCCCAGAUUAAACCAUGAAAACCAAGGCAGCACAGAAGCAGGGUGGUGAUUGGCCAAUCACCAAAGUUUGCGAGGUCCGCUUGAACCGCUUAACACCCCAGGUCAUUCUCCAGAUAAUGAGAGAAUUAAAGGCACAGCCCUACCCGAGGCCAAACGAAGUCUCCCGAGCCCUCGAGAUUUUACGCAGCCGAGGGAUCACCGCCGAGCUCGCUGCACCGGAGGUGGUGUAUAUUUCCUCGGAUGACGAUCUGAAUACCCCGCCAAGGCCAGUGAGAGAGAGGAGCUCAAGACCAAGCACCCCGUCCCCGGUGGUUUCGCCACAGUCUGAACAAGGAAUUCGGCGGGGAACAACACCCCAUGACGAUUGGAGUUGGUUGCUGGCGAGCCCGGUUCCUGCUAAACCAAAUGGGCUCCCUAUAACCCCCGGCCGCGGCAUGCAGGCUAACUCACCUAGCGGCCCCUCGCUUGGAAGCACAAUCGUCGGUAGUCCAGGGAGUGAUGUUGCCCACCUCCAGCAAAUAUUGGAAGGGUCCCCAAAACCCGAAUACCCGAGACCGUUGGCUGUUCCGGAAGCAGUGGAAGGCACGGGAGACAAACCGAGGUUGAAGAGUGUGGUGGUCAUACCAAAGGCAGCAGAGAAGAGGGUGGAGUUCGUCGGCGCAAGAGCGCUAUCUCCGGAUACGGACAGAGAACUUCAGCCGCACUUGGAAGCAGCCUUAGCGCUACAUAAACCAGGCAACCAAUAUAAGAGAGUCGUGGAAGUUCGCGGAAAGAGGUUGCGGAUAUUGGUUGGCCGGAAGGGCAAUGUGACGGUCAUUCCUCGCGGUCAAGAGGACCCCACCCCAGGGAAGGGGAAAGUGUGACGACCAAAAAUCGUGGCACUCAAUUUUGCUCACACCUUGCAGUGUUAUUUGUUCUUUAAUAAUAAAUAAAUAUUCUAAAACUCAACUUUCUCAUUUGUCUCGGUUAAAAGAAAACAACAAAAUACAAGGGGUUACCGUUAUUCUCACACAUCACAGCCAUUGGUUGUGAUGAUCACAGCCAAUGUUGUUGUGACAAGUUGAUCAAAACAAGUUCCCGUUAUCUCACGCUAGAACACGUGGUUGGGGCUUGCUAUAAAAGGGAGAUCAACGAGUGAGAAGGGACAGUCAGUGCCGGACAACGACAGAAGACACAUCCAUCCCAGGUGAGUGAUACAUUGUAUGAAUAAUUCUAAUAGCCGUCCUAGGGUACUUAUCCAGGUCCCUAUUCCCUUCCGUGUCCUUGCUUGAGUACUUAUCCAGGUCUCUUGCAGUAUAAUCCUUGCCUAAGUAGAAUCCUUGCGUAUCCUUGAAUAAGUAGAAUCUUUGCGUAUCCUUGCCUAAGUAGAAUCUUUGCGUAACCUUGCCUAAGUAGAAUCCUUUCGUGUCCUUGCCUGAGUACUUCUUAAGGUCUCUUGCCGUAGAAUCCUUACGUAUCCUUGCCUGAG